AUGGCAGAUUCUAAGGGUAGGAAACAAGCUACGUUGGGGCGAUUCUUCGGCUCCAAUGCAGAGGGGCCGAAGACCGCACCAAAAAAGCAAACGACUUUGUCAUUUUCGAACAAGAAAGAUAAGAAGAGCGAUGUUGUCGACGAACAAGCGAAAGCUGAGGAAUCUUCCGGCAUCGCUGAAGCGAAGUCGGAGCCGACAAAUAGCGAAGAUGUAAAAAUGGAGGAUUUGUCGGAGACAGAGGUGGCUCAUACGAACGGUUCUCCAGGCUCCAAGUCUCUUAAACGGGAAAAGAGCAGCGACGAGGAAAGUGACUCGGAUGUUCAACCAGUACAGAAAAGACGCCGGAAGAGCUCACGAGGGGCCGAAGCGGCUCCCGCCAUACGAAGAAAGUCGCCGUCACCAAAGAGCUCUAAAAUUGGCAAGGCCGAGGCCAAGGAAAGCUCACCACCUGCCAUCUUGAAGAAGGCAUCCGGCGAGGAAACACCAGAGAAAGAAGCGGAGCAUUCGGAAGAAGAAGAGGUCGCGACCGCUAGCGAAGAGGAAGAAGAAGACGAGAAGCCCGAAAUGAUGAAGAAGACGAUGGAAAAGGUGCAGGCCACGUUAAAAGCGACCGGCACGGAACCGUAUCCUGACUGGAAACCUGGUGAACCCGUUCCCUACGCAGCUCUCUGCACGACAUUUUCUCUUAUCGAGAUGACAACGAAGCGACUGAUCAUUUUGGCCCAUUGCUCUCUUUUCCUCCGCCAAGUCCUCCGUUUGACGCCACAAGAUCUUCUUCCAACGGUUCAACUGAUGAUCAACAAAUUAGCCGCUGACUAUGCCGGAAUAGAGUUGGGUAUCGGCGAAUCGUUCAUCAUGAAGGCAAUCGGCGAAAGUACAGGGCGUAGUUUGGCUGUGAUCAAAGCAGAUCAACAUGAGAUUGGCGAUUUGGGCCUGGUAGCUGCCAAGAGUCGAUCAAACCAGCCCACCAUGUUCAAACCCAAGCCCUUGACCGUCAGAGGGGUGCAUGAAGGUCUGAUCGCUAUUGCCAAAAUUCAGGGCCAGGGGUCUCAAGAUAAGAAGAUCUCCGCGAUCAAGAAGCUUCUCGAAGCCAAGUUCAUCGUCCGAUUUUUGGAGGGCAAGUUGAGACUUGGCUUGGCAGAAAAGACAGUCCUCGUGGCUCUUGCUCAAGCGGUGGUGGCCCAUGAGGCUGCUGUCAGAGGCGAAAAGACACCUUCUCCCGAGAAGAUGGCGCAGGGUGAAGCUGUCCUUAAGACGGUAUACAGUGAGCUACCCGCUUACGAAGUCAUCAUCCCUGCAAUGCUCGAGCAUGGCCUGUUCAACUUACCCAAGGUUUGCAAGCUCCAACCGGGAAUUCCGAUCAAGCCCAUGCUUGCCAAACCUACAAAGUCUAUCACCGAGGUGCUGAACCGAUUUGAAGGAAAGGAUUUCACCUGCGAGUACAAGUAUGAUGGCGAACGAGCUCAGAUCCAUUACGAUUCCAAGGGUCUCAGUGCGAUCUUUUCACGAAACUCGGAAGACCUGUCAAAGAAGUAUCCUGAUGUGCUGGCCAAACUCGAGACUUGGGUCAAGGACGGAGUGAAGAGCUUUGUCUUGGACUGUGAGACGGUGGCUUGGGACACAGUGAACAAGAAGGUUCUACCAUUCCAACAGCUUAUGACUCGUAAGCGGAAGGAUGUCAAAGCAGAGGAUGUCAAGGUCAAAGUUUGCAUUUUUGCAUUUGACCUUUUGUUUUUGAAUGGCGAACCUACUGUCAAGAAGACGUUACGCGAACGUCGCGAGCUUCUGCACAGCUCAUUCGAGGUCGUCGAGGGCGAAUUUCAAUUCGCUCAGCAUGGCGACACGAAUGAUCUGGAAGAGAUCCAGAAUCUGCUGGACGAGAGUGUCAAAGCGUCAUGUGAAGGGCUGAUGGUGAAGAUGUUGGAUACGGAAGAGAGUGGUUACGAGCCCAGUAAACGAAGUCGGAAUUGGCUAAAGGUCAAGAAAGACUACCUUGCAGGCGUUGGAGACUCCCUUGACCUCGUUGUGCUUGGUGCUUACCAUGGCCGGGGCAAGCGGACCUCUGUCUACGGAGCUUUCCUGCUGGCUGCAUACAAUUCAAGCACACAGACUUACGAGACGAUCUGCAACAUUGGCACAGGGUUCUCAGAAGCGCUUCUGGAAGAGCUCUAUAAAGAACUCUCGCCUUUAACGAUAGACCGGCCCAAACCAUUCUACUCGCAUUCCAAUGUUCCCAAGGAUCAACCCGACGUGUGGUUUGAACCACGGUUGGUCUGGGAGGUGAAGACAGCGGAUCUGACCCUGAGUCCUCGAUAUAAGGCUGCCGCCGAUGAAUUCGUGGGAACCACGGGUGGUGGAAAGGGCGUUUCUCUUCGCUUCCCACGGUUCAUCAAAUCACGCGACGACAAGAAGCCUGAGCAGGCGACGACCACGAGAGCCGUGGCAGAGAUGUAUCGCAAGCAAGAGGCCGUCCUGAAAGAAAACACCGGCAAAGGAGGUGUGGAUGAUGACUUUGAGUAUUGA